AUGGCAGAUUUAUGGGAAGAUAAGGGUGGUCGAGUACCUUCUCCCACGGGACUGGCUAGUACAAUAGUCACAGAUCAAAACAAAAUUAAACCAAAUCUGCCCGAUUAUGAGUUGUUUCCUUCCGAAAUAAAGAACAAAACAUGGGGUAAUAUUAGACACGUGAGCUUCUGUAAUAUUGUCAAUAAUGUUUACGACGAAAUCGUCUACUACAGGAGAAAUAUAUCCAAUGUACCAUCUAGCCGUGCAGGGAAGAGUUUCAUUGAAGUAUUAACUUUCUGGAUUAAGCAGUUCAAUGCAGAUUCUGAUUUGAACUCAGUUGCCUUGAAAGUAUUCAUGGUGCUCCCAACUUUAAUCCUGCAGAAACCGUCCGCUACUUCUAAAAGCAAGGAACACAGCGCAGCAAUAGAGCGUCGACUAGUUCUCUGGAAACAAUUAAGGCGACCUUAA